AUGAAGGACCGCAAACAAAGACGUUUUAUCAAAAGCCAGCGCCACGGAAGCCCCUCUCGACCGCGUAGUGGUACCUCGCCGCACAUCAAAAGUCGAUUUCUUUACAUUCUUUGCUUCGCUAUCGCGCUUCUUGACUCAACAGCCCUCUCCUUCGCAAGCAUGCCGGCAAACGAGAACCACAUAGACAUCAUUGGUGAGAUAACGGGGCAGCAGAGGUCGCCGCUUGUGGUUGUUGUGGGUGGCGGUCUCGCCGGUCAGUCCGCCGCGAUUGAGGCAGCGAACUGCGGUGCACAAGUCAUCCUGCUCGAAAAGGAG